GAAGUAUGAGAACGGCCUUUGUCUUAGUUGCCAACCCACGUUUUUGGAGCGGUGAGGAUGUAAGCAGGGUCGGCUCCCGGUUCCUCUGGCUCUGGAGCCCCCUCUGAAAUACUUGAAAGUGAGGGACCAUGCCUGGAGAGAGAGAGUCCAUUGCUGAGGAUCCCAGGGCUGCCGUUCCCUUCUAGCCCUGCCCUUCCCCAGUACCAUGAAGGGAGAGACGCAGCAUGUCUAUUCCAUCAAGGAUCCUGAGCCCAGCUCCAAGGAGCAGGAAAAGGACUUUGAAUGUCGUGGGAGUUUGGAUGGAGGGGACCUCGACCAUCCCCAGCCUGACGGACUGCCCAAGGCCACCUCGCCCUUUAGCAUCAAGGACAAAGAGCCUCACAGCCAAAGGGAGGCUGUGAUCAGGCCGCAGCAGGCCGGGAAGAUCGACUUCAAGUCCCUUCACAACAGGCCCAAACUGCUGAGUGACGGCCCGUGGAGCGCCGGGAAGGGGACGCUCCAGUCUCCCACGGGGAAGAGCAGGGUCCGGGAUAAAACCCGGCGGUCCGCGAGGGGGGAGCGAGGCCAUCAGCAGCUCUACAGGCUCACCAUCGCCAACUCCCGCGCCAACCCCACCAUCGGCAUUGCCUACCCACAACAGAAAGUGACGCCGCCAAAAAAGUUGGAGGUCGCCAAGAGCCCCGCGUCGGGAAGCUACCGGUUCAACGUCCCCAGCAUCCCGGAGCGCGAGGCCGAGCUCCGGCAGGAAGAGGCCGGCUUCGGCAGGUACUUCCCGGAGGCUCCCUCCAGCCUUACCUCCACCAACUAUACCUCACAGGCCCCAACCACCACCCACCCACACCACAGCAGGAAGGACCCGCAGCCGGCGGGCCCUCCGCAGGACAGCCCCAGCCUGGGCAGGCCGCCGCACUACUUGGAGUUCCAGGUAACCAGGGCCGACUCCUGGCCUUCCCCGGAGAAGAGCUUCCCAGGUGCUAACUAUGACGUGGCCCCCGCCAAGCCGUGCCCCUUCCCCGAGAGCAGCAAGUCCAGCGCCCACUGUUUCGUGCCAUUCCCAUACCCAUUCCAGGUGUCCGAGCCCUUCCCCGUCGAAGCCCCCGGCCACGACUACGUGGGGGCUUCCCUGGCAGCUCACCACGGGGGGUUCGUCUUCCACGCGUCCCCCAGGGACUGGCAGGAGGACCUGCUGGCCAAGAGCUCCUUUGACGGUUUGUCCCAAGAAGGCCAGGCCUAUUCGCUCCCCUCGCAGGCGGCUCCCUUCCUGCACCCACAGGCCCACGGGGCUCAGCUGUCGUCACCUCUGCCCUGCUACAAGGGCCACGGAGACCCUCCCCCCGACCCAAAUGGUGCUAUCUCUUCCUCUGGUGCUAACGACCAAAACCCGACUCCAUUCUUGGAAGGCCAAGGCAUUUUCUCGACAAGUUUACACGGUAGCACGCCCAAAGCCGUCACAAAGAGGCAGUCCUCCGCCAAACACAGAGUCCCCAGCCCACGAACGCCGGCGCCGAGCAGUGCUCUGAGAAGGAACGUACCACAGAACGCGCUCCCCCAAGUGCACUUUCCCAACAAAGUCUUCGGAGGUUCCCCGGCCAACGGCAUGAGCCCCGCGCCCGUGCCCUUGGAUAAGGAGAGUUCCACAGUGACCGAGGGCCACCCCAAGGUGGCCCCGCCAUGGGACGGAGGCAAUAAGACGUUUACUACCCUAGACUCGAAUUCGGCACUUUAUUCCACCACCGCUGCUGCUGCUGCUGCUGCUCCCGGGGUCGGGAACCCGUUCCCCUUUGAAUGCCAGACUGGUCCUGAGCAGAGGCCCCCUGUUCAGAAGGGUGCCCGGGUGCCGUGGCAGCAGAUUCAUCUCACCUCUGCCAUCCCUACUCCAAACAGAAUCGAACCCUCCAGACAGUUGAACAGCCCAAAGCUUCCCUUCCCUCCGGGCACAUCUGAAUGGCAAGGAGUAGGCAAAAUGCCCAAAACAGCCCCGCUGUCAGGCCCUCCAGGCUAUCCCGGGAAGAUCCGAGGAGCCGGGGAGAAGAUCCCAGCCCAGAGAAGCGAACCCAUCCAGCUGAAUGGGGGUCCUCCGGGGGUGUAUGCCUACGAAGGGCUGAAGGAAGCCAGCUCUCCUUCCUGUGAUACCAGGACCAAACCCUUGUUCUUUGGGCUAAGCCAGCCUCAGGCUUCACCCAGGAGAGCUUCCAAGCUCUCUCUGGUCCUGCCCUCCCCCGGAUUAGUAGCAACUUCUCCAGUCAAAUCCCCUCUGCCCUCCCCUCUCCCCAAUCCCACAAGCAAUAGCACUUGUUCUUCUCUGUCCCCUCUGUCCAACAGUCCUGUCAAUCAUAGCUCAGAAGACAGCCAGCUCUCGGUCCCACUUGCCCCUUCCUCUUAUUUCCAGCCUCCCAUUCACCCAAAGGAGAACAGCAAGAUUUUCCACUCUGCAGACACAUCGAGCGACCUAGCCAUUCCUUAUCCACCUGAGGCCAUUAAGGCCUUUCAUUUCCCCACAGAUGGACCAAAGGAGGAGAAUCUCUUUAAAUGCCUUCAGGAGAGUCAGUUUCCCAGAGCAGUCGCUGAUAUGGGCAAAGGAGGUCUGGACGGCUUUGAAGGGGGUGAGCUGCCCCCUUAUUCUUCCCACCACUUCCUAGCCAACUCAAUCAGCAGCGCUAGCCUGGACCAACUGGACGUGCUGCUGACCUGCAAGCAAUGUGACCAGAACUAUAGUAACCUCGCCUCCUUCCUGGAACACCGGCAGUACUGCGGUUUACACUCGGCGUUCCUGGCCGAGAUGCGAGACGGGCCGAGACCGGCCGAGGGCCGAAAGCGCCCUCCGGACUCUCUGCGAGCCCCCCAGCCUGGGUCUGGACUCACGGGUCCCAAGGGACCUUCUGAUCCCCACUCACAUUUGCUCAACCCCAACAAGUCCUCAGACUUCAUCUUAGAUGGGGAGGGUAAGGGAGAAAGCAAAGAGGACCCUUUAAAGGGAGGCUUCUUUCCAAAUAACUUGCCUCUUAUGGCUUCUGACUUGGAGAUAGAGGAUGCCAAGUUGGAUAGCCUGAUCACUGAGGCGCUGAACGGCCUCGAGUAUCAGUCGGACAAUCCGGAGAUUGAUAGCAGCUUUAUUGACGUUUUCACCGACGAAGAACUCUCAGCCAACAAAAGUCUGGGCAACAGCCAGUCCUACAAGACCAAGGAAGGAGCAGGACCCGAAAGCAAGGCCAAACACGGGGCCCCGGAUGGGGGACAGCCUCCGCCCCCAACCACCAGUCACUGUGAAGAAGGCUACCUGACCAGGCGCAGGAGCCAAAGCAGACUUGCAGAGCAGCCGCCCCCUGAGAAAGAACGGGCAUGCAGAGCAAGGGAACGGGGCAGGGGAAAGAGGGUCAGUCUGUAUAGGAAAGAACUGACUCCCAGUGAACCCCUGGAGGCGGGAGGGAAUAACAAGGUGGGGAAGGCAAGCCGAGGGAGGCCAAGGAAGAAGUUCAGCAAGACGGCCUCUACCCCAACCCCCCCGAAAAGGCCCAGCUCGAGGGAACUCAGAAAGCAACCCCGAAGAAGCAGCCCUGAUUCAGACCCCGAUGGAGUCGCUAACACACAAACUGGACCCAGGAGUCCCAAGCGGCACAGGUUCUCCAAGAAAGAAGGGAAGAGGAGGAAGGCUCGCAACGGUACCUGGAGCAAAGAACUUAUUCAUAAAAUCGUACAGCAGAAGAAUAAGCCACAUAAACUACAAGUCAAGAACAGCCGAAUCAUGCAGUUCUCCCUGGUGACCCCCAAGCCCGUCCCCGUGGCCAAAAGUGGGCAGUUUGGGGAAUACGAUUAUAUCUCUGAUUCAGAUGAGGAAGGAAGAGGAUGUUCCCUGGGGGCAUCCAGGAAGAGACAGCUGGAAAAUCCCAGCAUCAAUGGCAAGCCCAGACAUACCUUUUUAAGACAAAAUCAAGGAGAGAAGAAUUCAGGCCAGAAACGGGGAGGAAAGAGAUAUCAGGAUCCCCAGGAGGACCCAAGUGAUGAAGCAGCGAAUAAGGAAGAGAUUGUGUCCUUGAGCCCGGAGAAUAUUUGCCAGCCUUCCCCUGCUGAUGAUCAAAGCCCUUAUCCAGCCAGCAAGAUAGAAAAGCAGUCCCAAAGCACCGAGAAGGGAAAUUCUGACACUGAAAAGGAAAGCAUCCAGGAGAUAAGGAGCCCAAGUGAUUCUGGUAAUGCUUUGCCUCUUCCCAUCCCAGGACUUCCACAGCUUCCCAACCAUGGGGACCCUCCAACAGAAAACUACCCUGUGUUAGAAGAUUUUCCCAAGAAGAGCAAAAGAGCCGGCUUGGCCAAAGUCUCGUCAGCCAAACUCCUACCAAGUGGCAAGUCCAGUUUUUCACCGACCAAUUACAUAAAUGAAAAUGGAAGAGCUAUGACAGCAGAAAAAACAAUGCUGAGCAAAGAUAUUAUCAGCUCCACGUCCAGUCAGAUUGGCAGCGAUGAAAAAGCGGCCUCCGAGUCCAAGAUGGGAGGAACCCAUGUUGAUGUGGUACCUCCGGAAAUCUCCGAAAGCCCAGCUCUCUCCGCUUUGCAAGACACCGUCCAUAAUAUCGAGCCUCCAUUUUCUCCUUUCGAUGAGGACCCUCUGAAGUACCAAACUGGAGAAUUAAUUAAUCCACCACAGGUUUCAAACUCUCUGGAUCUCGGCUACACAGAAGCCAAUAUGGAAUUCUUAAAGAACCACGACUCCAGUGCAGACGCUAAAGACUUUGCCAUCCCCACUGGCUGUUACGAUGGGGAUCCUCUCGAGAUUAUGCUCUCUAGCAAAGGGCAUGAUUCUUAUGAGAGCGCCACUAAUGAAACAUCCCCUGGGCAAAAGGAUUUAUCGGGUCAUUUCGAUGGUGACCUGUAUUCGAAACCUUUAGUUCUGGCGUCAUCCCAUGGAGACAACAUGUAUUUAGGUCAGGAUGACUCCAGCUCGAAUGCCUUUGAGCCCGGACCCUCCAAGAUCCCACCCUACACAACAGAAUCUGAACCGGGCAAAGUCUCUCCCCCGCUGAGCUUUGAUUCAUCAUCUAUAUUCAGUAGCCUGCCGGUGGCCGGAUUUGACACACCUCUCUACGGCAGCAUAUCCCCCAGCAAGGUCAGCUAUAUUCCUUUUGCCUGCGAGAGCAGCUCCCCAAGCAAAUCCACUGAGCUUGAGCCACAGUACCCACCAUUUCUCCAUGAAAAGGACUGGACUCUGGAAGAAGUAUCGCCAGUCCUGUCAGAUGACAUGGGCCAUUUUCAUGACCUUUCAGUGGAAAAAUCAUUAGAUAAAAAAUUUCCUGAUGAAAUAACUGUAACUCAUAGUCCAAUCCCAUUACCAGGAAAGAUAGAAGACUAUAGUGUACCUUUUAUGAAUAACAUAUCAGAGGAUGAGCUGGAAAUCAAGCGAUUGGUCACAGAACUGGAAAGUGAACUUCAAACUAGCAAACUUGACGAUGCAGCGCCUGGCGUCCUACAUUCUCCUGAGCACUUUAUUGCUUUGGAUGCACCUGAAACAACAAAACCGUUUUCACCUUCACCUCUAGAACAAGAAUCUGAACACGAGAAGCAUUUGUUCUUAACCCAUGAGCUCACCCAUCUUGAGGACACAAAUCUUGUAGCACCCACAAGUCCCAGUGGAACAGAUCCAGGCGAGGACAAAGAAGUGGCCAGUAUGGAUGGAGACUAUGGAAGUCAUCAGGAAAGCUGGCCGUGUACCAUAUCAUUUGACCCACUGACAACAAGCAUGUCCCCGAAUGCACAUGAAGAUACGGUCACUAUAGAUCCUUUUGGUUCCCCCUUGACUUGUGACCAGUUUCAGCUCGAGCUCCAGGAAACUGAUAUUUCAAAGCAGACCAGCUGCUCUGAGAUCGAAAAUGAAUCCCUCAUUAGUGCUGAUCCCCCCUUUUCUGAUGUGUCUGAAAACCCAGAGCCUUUAGCCUCUGCAGAAAGCUUGACAAAGAGCAGCCCCAUCAGAGAAUCUAUGAGUUCUGAAAAUGAGGAAGCUAGCAAAAUAACUAAACAGGAUCCUCUACAACUUCUCCCAGGAAAAACUAGAGAAGACAUGUUUCCAGAAGCCCAUGAGAUGUCUCAAACACUCAGUGAGCCACCUGAGCUAGAAGCAUUUGACAAUCCGGUAACCUUUUUGAAAUCUGAAAUGGUUUUUCAGGAUGAUAGAGUUCCAGUUCUGGAAACCACUUCAUCUUUGGAUGCCGGAAAUUUCAACACCUCAGAGGAAAAUGCUUUAAAGAAAGCAAAUAGGGCAGAAACUCCUAAGAGCACAGUCAGCUCCCAGCCCAGUGAAGAGGAUCCUAUAUUGGAGGGGAACAAGGAAGGCAUGGCUUCCAUCUCCUAUUCGCCAAUGUCAAUCUGUGAGAAGACUGGCAACCCAAAAGCUUCAUUAUUUGAGGUGCUGAGUUUGGACAAAGAUCCAGCUUGUGGUGAUGAAAUAGAACUAGUAUCCCAGGGUUCAAUAGCAAAUCCCCUACAAGAGCUCCAGCUCUUUGUGGCCAGGACAGUCCAAAAUAAUGAGGAAGAAAAAAUGCCCUCUUGCCUCACAGAGCUACUCUCUGCCAGUCUCCAACUCCCAAGCACCAGCUCUCCUGAUCUGAAAGAGGAGAGUCAGGAAGAUGGGCACAUGGAUUGUAACUGCAGCAAUGAUGAUGGAAUCAUGGAAGAUGGGCAGAUAGCACCUCUAACCCCCACAGUAGGAAUUCAGCUGUUCGCAGAGACAGGUGAUGAUCUGGAUUUACUCAGUGAAACAGAAUCAUUCUCUUUAAAGCAAUCCAUAGUGGGGAGUCCCGAGGCACAGAAUCAUGUAACGCAGCUACAUCAGAGUCCAGAACCGCAUGAUCUUCACAUCUGCUUAGAUGGUGUCUCACAAAACACCAGUUCCAUCCCAUUUAGUGACACUUCUAACUUCCCAGUGGCCAAAUUAACAAAAAGGGAAGAUCAACCUAAUAGAGACCUAGAGCAAGACCACGGCAUUGCAACCUGGACAUUGAAAAAGCAUCAAAAAUUCUCACUAAGCCCUAUCUCUCUUGAGAGAGAGGAACUGGGUGAUCCAAUCACAGAGAUACUGGGCAAAGGCAAUGCUUUGGGGAAGGAGGAGAAGCAGUUACCCUCUGCUAAAAAAAGCAAAAGGACCCCUGAGAAAUUGUUUGAUGGGCUAACAGUACUGCCUGCUUAUUCCCCAAGCUCCAAGCACCUCUUGGAGAAGGACCACUGGAAAAACCAAACAAUUUCAGGAUCAUUUUCAGAAGAAGCCAGUAUCUCUCCAAAGAAGCACCUUCAGACCCCUCUCUCAGGGGAAGACUCAGCCCUCGAUCUUCCUUUGCAGGCAACAGUUUCUGGCCAGGAAUGUGUACAGAGUAAUGGAGCUGAAGACCUCUUGAUUACUGUGGAUCCUCAAGCUGAAAAAGAUGACUAUGGUGUCCUGCUACAUGAUCCAGAGAGGAAAUCAACUCUUUGGUCUUUGGAGAAAACCAUCUAUGAUCCUGAGAAAAGUCUAAAAUGUGGCCCUGCACAGAGCCCAAUAGAAAAGAAUACCAGUGAAGAUGUUCAUUUAACUCGGCCAUUAUUUCAGGACCAGAUCAUCAGGCUCUCCCUUCCACAAGUUGCAGAUGGCAAUGGCAAAUGCUGUGCAGAGGAGGACAUUUUAAAUAACCAAGUGGAGGCUGGAGAAGAGAAACCGAGGACCUCUCCUAAUCCCUUUGACCCCAGUCAUGCUAUUUCAUCUCCAUUGGCAGAAGAUGUCUCCCCAAAAGCACCAAUGCAUGACUCCACCAUUUCCUACAUUUCCCACUUGGGUCAGGAUGAUGUCAGAAGAACAUCCUUGAAAUGCACCUGCAUAGGGUUGGAAUGCCCCCACCAUAAGGAAAACCAAUCAAGAUCCCUCCCCGAUGUAACUCUCAAUAUUCACUCCAAAGAGGAAAUUGAAGUUUACCCAGAGGGUCUCAGGCACUCUCUGUUUAGCGAGGAAACUAAAGUAGAUCAAAUGCCCAUUUCUCAGCAAGAAAAAGAAGCUAAAAACAAUGAAAAGAAGUUAUAUUCUGUAACUGUGGACCCUAAACUUACAAAGAUGCCUGAAACCAACAUUGGGGAUCCAGAGGAUGCCUAUCUUUUGGCAGCAACAGCAGUGAGCUCCUUCAAUUCUGCUUCUCCGAGUAUGGACCCAAGAAAGGACAGUUUAAGCACCGGUCCUUCUAAAAGUCAAGGAAAUGAGCCGCCAGAAUCUUUCAUCGGUGAUGUGCAAAGCCACCUGGAUCCCGUCCCAGAAAAGAGUAGAUUUAAAAAGAAGCCACCACCUUUGAGGAAUGGCCAAUGGAAAAGAAACCCCCCCCAGUCAAAUGAGCUACAAGUCACAUGUGAUAUCUGCUCCUUGUCCUUCAAAUCCAAACCCGGCUUGAUGAGACACAAAGCUGUGAAACAUCGGAUAAAGAAUGAUGGCCCCUCGCAGCCAAAUAAAACAACCAGAUCGAGCUCUGCUCCUUUGGAAAAAGGACCAAAAAUAUCAAGACACUCUAAGAAAAGCCUAAGGGCCAUAACAGUGAAAGAGAAGGCAUGUGAUUCCCUAAUCAACAGCAGCCCUACUCUUGGACCACCUCUGGAGGAGGAGUCCAACACCCAAGAACACCAGGAGGUCAGUCCAGGGCUAAGUAGCCUCAGGGUUGCAGCUCCUCCAGUGACCCCAAAACUCCUGCACUCGGACUUGGUGGAUGACAAAACAAAGAUACAACCUCAGGACCUGGAGUCUGGGAAAUCAGACAGAUCCCACAGAAGGAAGCCCAGUCCUAAAAAAUUAGACAGGAGGCGAAAAGGUAGGAAGCGCCAAAGCAAAGAACCUGCAGGCUUAAGCAGUGAUUCGGAAGGGAAAUUAAUUCAAGGAGUGAGAAAAAAGCAAGUGAAAAGAUUCCCCAGGAAAAAGGGAUGCUUUGAGGAUUCUGACUUAGAGAAGAGUAUCCCAGAAGUUGCUCCGGAUGUGAGUUUAGCUAGACCUGACUCAAGUUCAUCAUCUACCAUUGCCAGUUAUCCUGGGCAGCCAAAAAGUUCCCUCUCGCCACCAGGAAAAGACUGGUCUUAUUCAUCUCUCAGCGCCAAACCAGUCCAAGAGACUUUCGAGGAUGUGGCUGAAAUGGGAAGUCAGAUACUAUUCACAGAAGAGACACUUGGCCAAAAGACCAUCAGUGAUUUGAUAGGUGGUCAAGGGAGGAUGGAGAGCCUGUCUGCAAGAGAUCAUGUUCAGAUUUCAGAGGAAUCCUGGGAAAACAAUUUUCUGAGACCCAAAGAGGAAGGGCUGUGCGACGUUUACAAUGAGAUGAAUGAAGAUACUCGUGGUACAAAUGUAGAGGAAUACAUCAUGGAAAGAAGGAAGUUAGGAGAUGGCCCAUUGGGAAAGUGUGAUUUGCCCUUGAAACAGGAACCCUUAAGUCCUGCUGAGCCAGACAUGCCCUUAGCAGCUUCAGAUCCGGAAGUGUCAAUCACCAGUCUACCCCCAGUCUUCUCAGAGAAUGCUGUGAUGGACUCAGAAGCCCAGCGGGAGGGGGAGCAGGGCAAAGAGUCCUUUGCCAAAGAUCAGACCAAAGUGGACCUCCAGCACUUAUUUGAUGAUGAUGCGACGUUUUCCCUCCUCUUUCCAAGGGACGAUCACUUCUCCCGGAGGAAGUGCACCCGUGUUUAUGGGAAAGGGCCCAAGAAACCCAAACCAGUUAUAGAGACCAGUAGCCAGGUGGUGGGGUCCACAGAGAUGUUCUCCAUCCGCCUGCCCUCAGAUCUCAGUGAUACCGACUCAUUCUGCGUCACCCAGGAGGACCCCUGCAGUUACGAGUCCAUGUCUUUCCACGAUGCCUUUUCCCUGGACAUGUGCCAGGGGAAUGACGCCUGGUCUCUGAGUCCCGGCUUAGGGACUCAUAAGCCGGACGGCGAAACAGACAGGGACCACAAAAUGGGCCUCAAUCUGGAUGAUGAUGAAAUGCUGACCUAUCUCUGCCCAAACAACAGGCUGGAGGCCAUCCCCAGCUUACACAUAUCGCCGGCUGUUUGGAAUGACCUGGAAGUCCUGGAUCACUGUAACGAGAUGCCUUUCAAGUCGCCUUUGGAAGCCAAGACCGAGUAUUCUCUGGGAGAAGCGAGCCCGGAGCCCCCAGAGCUGGAGGUGGAGACCUACGCCGGCCAUCUCCAGAGGAACCCCAGCUCCCCGGACCUUCAUCCCAUCGACAUCGAGCUGCUGAGCACCAAGUUUGAGAUGAGAGACAUGCAUUUCUUUAGCACCUGUGAAGACUGUUCAGGCCAGUCCAACCCAAGCACUUUAAGUUUCAAGAAGGUGAAUGAACACACGCAACCUAACAAAGCAAAAGAAGAGGAAGGGAAAAGGGGCAGGAGUCGCAGCGACCUGACCAUCAAGACCCGGGAAAAGCACUACAAGUGCAAAGUGUGCUUCCAGUGGUUUCUCACCCUGGGAGAGCUGGACUUCCAUAAGCUCACUCACAACCCGUCUCCUCCCCCGACAUGCUACAUGUGUGUCCAGCGCAAGUUCAGUUCCAGGGAGCAGCUGAAGGAGCAUUUAAAAGGAAAGCAUGCGAAAAACAAGGUAGGUCUUUGGGCCUGCGGCAUGUGCCUGAAGGAGAUCUCGGACGUCUGGAUGUACAACGAACACCUCCGGGAGCACGCCGCCAAGUUUGCCCGGAAAGGUCAGGUUCAGAAGUGCAUGACAGGGUUGCCCCCCUGCUUUGGAGAGGACAGUGCAGUCACUCAGUUUCUGAACACCAUCAUGAAUCGGAAGCCCAAGCCCUCCCGGGGCAAGCGCUCUGCUAGUAAGAACAAAGACCCCAAAGUUCAAGAACCCAAAGGAAGUCCGGAUAUCGCUGAAGGCAGCGGCAAGAACAAGCCCUUGGCUCAGACCAACGCUGCCACCAACAGCAGCUUCCCUGCCGCAGCCACCACCUUAUCCGGCUCUUCCAAAGUAGGCUCUCCUGAUCCCGGACCUCCUGGCGAGCUCCCUUCCAAAGUGGUCCCCAUGCACCCGCAGUGCAAAGACCCUUCCAGGGAUUGCCACCACUGUGGAAAGCAGUUCCCCAAGCCCUUCAAGCUCCAGCGCCACCUGGUAGUGCACAGCCUUGAGAAAAUCUACAUGUGCACCCGGUGUCCCAAGUUCUACAAGGAGACCCGAGAGCUCCGGAGCCACCUGAGCCAGGAGCACGGUGUGAAGGAGAAGCCGGACAUCAAGCACACCACGCUGUACGCGUGCGAGCUCUGUGCCGACGUCAUGCACGUCAUCAAAAAGUCCUUCAUCUGCAGCACGUGCAAUUACACCUUCUCCAAGAAGGAGCAGUACGAGCGACACAUGGAGAAGCACCUCGCCGAAGGCAACCGGACUUUCAAAUUCAGGGGGGUGAUGAGACCCGGGGCCAGGGCCAGAGAGGGAAAGGAGAAGAAGAAAAAGGACGUCAGUUCCCAGGAAAGUGUGCCCCCCAACAAAAAGAGGAAGGUUGCACUUCCCAGCUGCCUCCCGGGGCCAGAGGCAGAGGGGAUUCCAGCCCCACUAGAUCACCAUGUGGACAGUAAGCCUGCAUCGGGCAACAAGUCUCCCCCAACCCUGCACAAGCCCUUCCCAGAAGGAGCUCCUGGCUCCCUGGCAAGACUGUCCGAUGAAGAAAAACCCAAGGACCUGAUGGGCUGCUUCUCUGACCACCCAGACACAAUGGAAGGCUGUCCCCUUGAGCUCUUGCAGUUACCCCCACCAUGCCUCUCCCCUCUCUCAGAUACCCCAGAAGAAUUCAAGGAGAGCAACAGUAUGGCACUGCUUUGUGUACAAGAGCCAAAAGAUGAUCUCCCUCCAAGCCCUGCUCCUCUUCUAGAAGUGAGCAAGCUGGAACAAGACCUACCUAUACUCGCGAUUGAAAAGACUGAAGAAGUUGGUGAAAAUCUAGCAUUUCACCUGGAUCCAGUGCAAAGCAGACGCACAAAUACUCAAGAUAAACCAGCAGUGAAUGCUGACAAAGAGACAUCUGACCAUCCCAGUUCCCCAACGGAGACCCCUUUGGUCAGGACAGAGAAGAAAACCACCACAUCACACAGCAACAAGAUGGAGGCUCCAUGGCCCAAAGAACCACAGAAGGUCCCAAGCAAUGGCCUCAAUGGAGCCACAAUGUCCCAGAAGGAGAGUUCCUUCAGACUUAGUUCUACAAAGGUUCCCCAUCCUGCCCAGCCCUUCAAGGAUCAAACGGCAUCACCAAUUCUAAAUAAAGUCGCCAAGGACUCAGCCCCCCAGCAGAAAACAACAGCGAACCAUGUCCCCAGAGAGGCAACUUCCAGUACACCCGUUAAUGAGGAUGUACCAAGGCCCCCCACCCUGAAAGCCAAGUCCAACCAGAGUCCUCGUUCUAAGGACAGUAUUGGGAGCAGUGUCAAAGAAGGAGGCAGUAGUCAAACAAAACCCACCAGUUCCCAAGUCAAAAGUGAGACAGCAGCAAUCUCAACUAAGCCAGACCAUAGAGAUCUUGGCAUAUCACCUGACAAGCCAACUUUGAGCAUCUCCACCAAAGGCUCCUCCAAGAUUCAAAAAGAACAUAGGAGCUCGGGACACAAAGGGAGCUUGGGCUCCAGAGAGAACCUCAAGGGUGAUGGGAAGAAGAAAACUCCAGAGGUGGGUAGGGACGAAGGCCCAAGGGACUUGAAAAAAGCAGAGUGGACAAGUAAUAAUAGCUCCAUAGCAUCCUCCAGAAGGCGUGGGACUCAAGACAACCGAGUCUCCAAAUCCCGACCUUCGGGGACAAGCAGCCAGCUCAAGAAAACCGUGCCUGACCCUUACAAUCAAAAGAAGAUAGAAACUCACCACCACAGAAGGAAUGCCAAAUGCAAAAAAGGGAUCUUGGGGAAAUCUUUCCGGGAAGUGGUGCCCAAAGGAACUCCCUCGACCCUCCAUAACACUCUCAAGAGGAGUAGAACUGUCCAAGGUGCUAAACCUGCUGAAACUCAUAAGUAUAGGACAGUUGAAUCCCAGAACAAUCUCCUAAGCCAACUGUUUGGCCAAAAAUUAACUAGCUUUAAAAUUCCUUUAAGAAGAGAUACUUCUGAGUAAUUUAUGAAAGUGACUUGUACUGAUCCUCAGCUGCCAUCGCAGGGUUGGUGAGGGGAAAAAAAUGAUCAAAGCAUUACGUUCAUUUGUGUAGCAUGGUUUCUCUGUCUAGUUUAAAUGAACUUGCACUGCUAUCUCUGUGAAAUAGUUUGCUUUGUGUCUACUAAUCUUUUUUUUAAUUCACCUGAUUUAUCAUGCAAAUGCUGGGACUUUGAUGUCUCCAAUGAUUCCAUGAACUAAAAUUGUAAUCGCUUUGGGCAGCCUGAAUUGUCAAGAGCAAUUCCUUUCUUGCAGAAGUGCUGAGGUUACAAGGGUACAGGCCGAUCUCGGCUAUCCUUGGAGACUGUGUCUGUGUUAUCUUUAUACAAAGUACUUGAAGAGAUGAACUUCAUUCCAUGUGCGUCUUAUUCAUAAGGUGCAGUACACUGUAGAAAGCAAACGUUCAACGAUUUUGCACAAAUUAUCCUGUACAAUUCGUUUAAUUAGAAACUGACAAAGCAGUACAUUUUUAUUAUUGUUGUUAUUGUUGUUGUUAUUAAAACUACAACACCCGGCCCUGUAAAUGAAAUUGGAGGGAGGGUGCACAGCUUUCUGUUUAAAACAGUCAUUCCCAAGGGAUUCCUUCCCUGCAUAGCAAAGUUAUCCCAUUCUAGCUUUGACAUUGUGUGGGCCCUCUCAUUUCAGACAGCGGUACCAUUAUUUGACCACUGUAAAUGCUGCCAAUGGAUGGAUGGGAAAUGCCAGUUGACUAAAACCGCACCUUGAAAUUUGUGACGAACUUUUUUUCCAUUUGGAAAAUGGAGAGAACUGGGCUCACUUGCCACCACUGACUGGUGUUGUCUCCACAGUCCCCGAAAGCACCAGUUUGAACCUCUCACUGUAUAGAGUAAGCAGCUCUAAGCAUCAGCUUUCUGACUAUGCAGUACCCGGUACUAUUUUCAUUUUUUAAAUGUGAAUACAGACUUCCUUGAUUUAAAAGAAAAAGAAAGUGGUGGAGAGGAGAUGAGGUCUAAGAGUGACCAGUGGGACACAAUUUGGGCCUGUACUGAAGGGAAAUGAGAGAGACUGAUGAGAUCCUAGAUGAUGUCCCAUUGUACUGGUCCCUCCACCACAUCACGCUCACUUAAGGUUCUGUCAUAUUUCGCAGAGGUUACACCCAGGCUCUGCGGUUUGAAAGAAAAACUCAGGUGAAAAGCAGCCUAUGAAAGAAAUGACCUAGGACUGCUUUUCCUGAGCUCCCAGAUCAAGGAGGUGUAUUUAUGCACUGACACAAUACAGAGUAGUUGGCACCUGGCCUUUUUAAAGAUUUAAAAAGAGAAGGAAAAAAAAGAAGCUUUAUUCUGUUCAUGUGUAUCUUUAAGAUUCAUUGUAAUGUAUUAAAAAAAUUUUACCUUGGGUGCAAUGUCUAUGUCAAAAGUUUUUAUUUUGAUAUUUUGUCAAAGAGAGCAAACUGAGCAAAAGUUGCCUUUUAUGAUGUUGUAUGUGUGCUAUCAAAAGUGCCUGUUUAAUAUUGUUAAAUAAAGUAUGAGAUGGAACUA